AAGAGUGUAUUAUAACCAAUCUCAUACUUUAGAGUGAUUUGUGCCAUUUUUUUUAAGAACUUUCAAACUUUUUUCUCAAAAAAGAAAAAAAAAUAUAUUAAAAAAUCAAAUCAAAAUAAUAAUCCCACAUCCCAUUUCUCAAUCGUCCCUUCCGAGGCCCCGCAAGUUUCCAUCGCAGCCUUCACGCGCCGCCCCGACUCCUCCUUAUCUCUCGGCGCCGGUUCUCCUUCUCUCUCUCCAUGCCGCGUCGCAGCUCUGUUAUUCGUCUCUGAUUUUGGUCGCCUGCUACACCCUUUCGUCUCAGCACAGGGAUUUUUAAGCAGAUAAAGAUCAAAACUUGAGAGUUGAGCACAAGGGAUGGCCUCUAGAUCGCUAAUUCAGAGGGUAACACCAUACUUGGUGGCACGUAUCCGAGAGAAUCAAAGGCUUCUUAGCUCGUCUGUUUCAGCUCAUCAAGAAGCAUCGUCUUCAUUGACAUGUCCAUCUCCAUCUCCGUCUGUUGAUACCAUUCACUUGACUGAUAAUUGCAUUCGGAGAAUGAAAGAAUUGCAAGAUCCGAAGGAAGAAAAGAUGCUUCGCUUGAGUGUAGAAACUGGAGGGUGUUCUGGAUUUCAAUAUGUUUUCGAUUUGGAUGACAAAACCAAUCCUGAUGAUAGGGUGUAUGAGAAGGAGGGAGUUAAAUUGAUAGUUGAUAAUAUCUCAUACGAUUUUGUAAAAGGAGCAACUAUUGAUUAUGUCGAAGAGCUGAUUCGUUCUGCUUUCAUUGUGAGUACAAAUCCAAGUGCUGUUGGUGGGUGUAGUUGUAAAAGUUCUUUCAUGGUCAAACAAUAAUCAUGUCAAAGCUUCCUUCAAUUGGACCCUUUCCUAUAAGAGACGUAGAAGUAAUUAUCAAACGCUGACCUGAAGGUAUGAUGAGUAUGUUAUCACUUGGUUACUUCUAUUAAUAAGCUUAUGUUUUAUUUAUGACCAUUUCAUAUAUCAUUUUAUACAUUCAUGUUCUUGUACCACUUCUGUAUCAUCUGAGAACUGCAUUCUUUAUUGCAUCAAAUAAGCGAAAAAUAUCCUGAUUGGUUGUAAUCGAACUAGAACUUAAAACUUUCCGCUUAUUAUGAGAAUGAGUUGGCAAUAAUUACUUACACUGUGAACAUAGAAAAUUUUCUGGAUA